UGUGAGCGCUGUGCUCAGUUCGCCGCGGAGAAAACCAGCGUGAACCCAGACCCCAAGGAGCCCCUCGUUCCCGCCCGGCCUGGCCAGGCCCCGCGCUAUGGAGUUCCUCUGGGCCCCUGUCUUGGGUCUGUGCUGCAGUCUGGCCGCUGCUGACCGCUACACCGUCUUCUGGAACAGUUCAAAUCCCAAGUUCCAGGAUGAGGACUACACAGUACACGUGCAGCUGAAUGACUACGUGGACAUUAUCUGUCCCCAUUAUGAGGAUGACUCUGUGGCAGAGGCUGCCAUGGAGCGGUACACCCUGUACCUGGUGGAGCAUCAGGAAUAUGGGAUAUGCCAGCCCCAACCCAAGGACAGGAUCCGUUGGCGGUGCAACCAGCCCAAGGCCAAACAUGGCCCUGAGAAGCUGUCUGAAAAGAUUCAGCCCUUCACAUCUUUGCCCUUGAGCCAGGAAUUCAAGGAGGGACACAACUAUUACUACUUCUCUGUACCCAUCAACCCCGUAGAAAACCACUGCCUGAAGUUGAAGGUGACAGUCAACAGCAAAAUCACUCAUAGUCCUCAGGCUCAUGCCAAUCCACAGGAGAAGAGACUUCCAGCAGAUGAUCCAGAAGUGCGUGUUCUACACAGCAUUGGUCAUAGUGCUGCCCCCCGCCUCUUCCCUCUUGCCUGGACUGUGCUGCUCCUGCCACUUCUACUUCUGCAAACCCAGUGAAGAUGUGUGCCACACCUGGCUUAAGGAUUGGAAUUGGGCCAAGGAGCCAAGGACAGGCACACCUCACCUGUCCUGGGGCCUGUCUCACAGCUCCAGCCCUGGGAACCACUCCCACCACAAGCAUAGGCUGCCACCCAGCAGCCUCAAAACGGGUCAGUAUUAAGGGUUUCAGCCCAAAAGAAGUCAACCAGCCUGACAGCGCCAUCCCCCCACUUCAGAGGGAUGAAGAAAGAAGUGGGGACUGUCCUUUCCCUGCCAUUCCUGCCUUUAAGCCAAAGAAACAAACUUUGCAGAGAUGGCCCCUGAUGAGGGUCCAACAGGAACAAAGCUGGAAGGGGCCUGAGGCCAUGUAAUGGACAAUGAGCUUGGCAAAGAUGCCCCUCCCCGAGAGAGCCUGGAUGCCCAGAUGAACUGACUGAAGGAAAAACAGUUUCCUACAGGGGGCCAGGUACAGGAGAGGCAACAUGCUUGGGCUGACCAGCAUCUCCCAGAAGACUUCUGUCUGUGGGGCUGCCACAGAGAGGUUUGUAGCCAGGCACUGCGCCCUCCCCCAGUAUUGGGUCACACUACCUGGAGCUGUGCCAGCAGGGAGGCUGUGCCAACCUGUUCUUAGUGUAACUUAAAGGGCAGGGCCCACGUGUACAGUAUCUGUAUGUAAACUUUUUGUGUCUGCUGAUUUCUACAACUGGAUUUUUUUUAUACAAUGUUCUUUGUUUCAAAAUAAAGCAUUGUGUUGGUUUU